GGUGUGUGUGUGUAUGUAUGUAUAUAUGUGGCGGGCAGCACGUCCUCUCCCUGUGCGACCUGUGCCGCCGUGCCAAAGCCUGCCUCCCGCGACAUUCCAACGAACAUCCGCUCGCCAACUCGCCCUGCUGCUUCCCGCGCGGCAAACAGCGGCCAAGACUAUUUUCGAAUUCGGAGCGGGCCGGCUGCCAAAGCUGGCCCCUCCGAGUGGCACAAACGCGGCGUCGCUUCCGGGGCUCUUCGGCCGGGCGACGCCAGGAGCGGCGGGAGGAGCAGGAGGAGGAGGAGGACAAAUACGACGAGGAGAAAGGAGUAA